CAUCCCUCCAAGCUGUACAUGUUGGUAUAGUCCAAAUGACAGCAACAUGAGCAAGUCCACAGCUAGCUGCCAGUCCUACUAAGGCACAUAGCAUCUAUACUAGUUAUAUAUUUACAGCUGAGUUAUUAUAGCCUAAUUUUCCUAAUUGUACGUAUCAUGUCUGCUCCAAAGAAAGGAGACCUAUCUUCCACAGAGAAGGAACUGUUUCAGGUUAUCACAGCAGGAAAUGUGCAGGAGGCUUCAAGACUUCUUGGCUGCAAGGAUGUGCGGGUCAACUGUUUGGAUGAGAAUGGCAUGACGCCUCUCAUGCAUGCAGCCUACAAGGGGAAGGCAGACAUGUGCAGGCUGCUACUUCAGCAUGGCGCAGACGUCAACUGUAAUGAACACGAGCACGGCUACACCGCACUCAUGUUCGCAGGCCUUUCAGGCAAGACGGACAUCACUUGGAUGAUGCUGGAUGCGGGCGCCGAGACUGACGUGGUGAACUCUGUCGGCCGGACGGCUGCUCAGAUGGCCGCCUUUGUCGGGCAGCACGACUGCGUGACGGUAAUCAACAACUUCUUCUCCCGGGCGGGGCUGGACUACUACACCAAACCCCAGGGUCUAGAGAAGGAGCCCAAGCUGCCGCCCAAGUUAGCUGGUCCACUGCACAAGCUUAUCAUGAGCACCAACCUCCACCCUGUUAAGAUGGUUCUGCUGGUGAAGGAGAACCCUCUGCUGGCAGAGGUGGGUGCUCUGGAGAAGUGCAGGCGAGUGAUGGAGCUGAUCUGUGAGAAGUGCAUCAAGCAGCAGGAAAUGAACGAGGUGCUGGCCAUGAAGAUGCACUUCAUCAGCUGCGUGCUGGCCAAGUGCUGCUCCUUCCUCAAGGCCGGCGAGGACAAACUGGAGGGCCUCAUCAAGAGCUUGCUGAAGGGUCGAGAGGGGGAUGGAUUCCCGGUGUUCCAGGAGAAGUUUGUGCGCGAGUGCGUCCGCAAGUUCCCCUACUCCGACGCCACGCUGCUCCAGCAGCUGGUCCGCAGCAUCGCCCCGGUCGAGAUAGGAAACGACCCUACAGCCAUCUCCGUUCUGACCCAGGCCAUCACGGGCCAGGUCGGCUUCAUGGACGCAGACUUCUGCACCACAUGUGGAGAGAAGGGGGCAGAGAAGAGGUGUUCCAUAUGCAAAACGGUGAUCUACUGCGACCAAACGUGUCAGAAGAUGCACUGGUUCACACACAAGAAGGUCUGCAAGACGUUCCAGGAGGAGAGGGAGAAGCAAGAGGAGGAGGCCGCUGUGUUGAGACAGCAGCAGAGCACCGAGGCCAUGCAGAACCUCUCGUUGGAGGGAACCCACACUGACAGUCUAUCGUCUGACCCAGCUGUACCAGCAGAAUCCUCAACCCCAACUCCUGACCAAUGAGGUCGCUCCCCUAUCGCAAACCCUGACCAACGAGGUCCCGCCCCUAUCCCAUAUCUGAACAAAUUGGGUCCCUCCCCUAGCCUAACUCCUGACCAAUAAGGUUCCUUGCCCUAUCCCAGAUCCUGACCAAUAAGAUCCCAUCUCCAUGUGGGCUCCUGAAGAUGAAGAUUGUAUUGACGAGUUCCACCAGAAACACACGGUACUCUCUGAACAUGCAAAGCCAUCUGCCCAGAGGUUGGAUAACUCUGAGGAACAUGAUGGCUGCCUGUUGGAUCCUGUGACAAAUUAAGACUUAUUAAUUAUAAACUUAAAAAGUACGGAAAUUUGUGUUUGGUUGAUUAUUUCUCUGUGGUAAUAAUGCUUUUUGGCAAUGAAUGAUAUACCGUUGGAAAGCCUGUAUAGUUCCCUAUCAAAUGGUGCCCCAUUUGUAAGGAACAUGCACUUGUGGGAUGAGCAGCAGAGCUGAGUAUGUGGGUUGCGCCCAUGAAAAAGUUGCCAUAUCUUCUCCAAUGCCACCAAUGCCAAACAGCUUAUUCUGCCAUUGACUCGUUUGGUGUUUGGUGGAUUGGAUGAUUGAAGUUUUGAAGAACCAAGACAUAUUGGCAAUUGAACAAUUUAUUCAUUUCACAAACAGGAGCCUCAGUAGUGUGUGUGGAAGAACCAUACACAGCCACAACAGCCUGGCACCUCAUGCUGGUCACACACUGCUGUGGGAUGGCAUCCCAUUCUUCAAACAGCAUUUGUCGCAAGUCAGCCAACGUGGUUGUGUUGGUCACUCUGGCACGAACAGCACGCCCAAGCUGAUCCCACAAGGGUUCAAUGGGGUUGAGGUCAGGACUGCUAACAGGCCACUCCAUCCUCUCCACUCCCACAUCCUGGAGGGAGUCUCUGAUAAACCCCGCCCUGUGGGGGCAAGCGUUGUCAUCUUGGAGGAUAGAGUUCGGUCCCAGACUGUGGAGAUUUGGGAUUGCCACUGGUUGCAGAAUCUCUAUAUCUCUCUGCAUUGAGAUUGCCUCCAAUGAUGUCAAGCCUAGUUUUUCCAGUGAGGGAGAUGCCGCCCCACACCAUCACACUGCCUCCACCAAAAGAUGUUAUUCUAUCGGUGCAGAAAUCAGCAUAGCGUUCUCCGCAUCUUCUCCACACUUUGACCCUACGAUCCAACUGCCGUAGGCAGAAUCUGGACUCAUCACUGAACAUAACGUUCCUCCACGUGUUCAGGUUCCAGUGCACGUGUUGCCGACCCCAGCGCAAACGGGCCUGACAGUGAAGGGCAGUCAUGGCAGGACUCCUGGCAGCCCUAUGAGACCUGAGAUUGGCUGCGUGUAGUCUGUUCCGGAUUGUCUGGGCAGAGAGCCGUCAGCCAUAUCGUCCUGCAAACCUUGACUGCAAAUCUGUAGAAGACAGCCUACGGCACCUAAGUGCUGACAGGGUGAUGAAACGGUCUUCUUGGGACGCCCACUUCGCGGCCUGUCUUUGACAUCCCCCGUUAUAUGGAACUUGGCCUUCAGUUUGGAGAGGGUACUAGGGCUCACUCCAAAUAAUGCCGCAACUUGGUUUUGCGGAACACCAGCUUGAAGUUGCCCAAUCAGGUGCCAGUCAGGCACCUGAUUGGCAGCACCUGGGCAUACCAGAAGCUCAAAACAAGUGUCAAUAGCAACAGCAAAAUAACCUGUUUGGCAAUGGCAGAAAAGAUUUAGGAGAAAUAAUCAACCAAACACCAAUUUCCUUACUUUUUGUGCUAAGUUUAUAUUCUGUGUUCCUACACGGAUCCAAAAUGGCUGCCAAAGCAGAGUGCUCUUCAUUCACACUAGGAUAGUGUCCCAAAGUUUGAAUUGUAAAUUUCUUGUUCCUUCUUUUUUAUUUGAAGUAUUCUGACCGUGUUGUUUUAUCUGUGUAAGAACGCAAGUUUUGGUAUGGUAUUUCAAGGGAGAGGAUAGAGAAGUUUUUUUUAUUCAACACAGCUAAAUUCUGCCUUAAACUGUAGCAUUGUAUGGUAACCAAUAGGAAUGGAGCUGUUUGCUGGAGUUAAGUAUAGUGUGUACACGGUUUGUUAUGCCAUAGAAUAAUAAAAAAGAUAGCAUUGUUGACUUCCUGACAGCUUGGGAAAGGAAGGUUUUAAGGACUGCACAAUCAUGAAAAAUGUAUCAAUAAAAAGCUAUUCUAAUAUAAA